AAUAGCUAACGCCGACCGUUUAGAUUUCUCUCUUUAUCUUCCUUGUCCCAUUUGAUCCCAAAAGUUUUUAAAAUCACUCCUCUCUCAGUUAAUCAGACAGUCUGAAGUGUGUUUUUGCCUCCAAUCUGAGAUUUUUCGUUUGCGAUUUGGGCUUAAUUGGGACCAUUGUGGUCUCCCUAGUUGAGAUCUGAUCGCUUCCGUUUCUGAAGCUCGUCGUCGAGAAGAAAGACAGCGCAUGGGAACUGGGGUUACUAUUUUUGCAUUUUUAUUGAAGAGAUAUGGAAAGUGAGUGUGCAACAACUCCUCCUCCUGAUGGGCUUACUGAAGGGAACCCCUCGAAAUCACGUCAAGGGAGGACUAGUGGCCCAACUAGACGUUCUACUCGAGGUCAAUGGACGGCUGAAGAGGAUGAGAUUUUGAAAAAGGCUGUCCACAAUUUUAAAGGCAAAAACUGGAAGAAGAUAGCUGAAUAUUUCAAGGAUCGAACUGAUGUCCAAUGCCUCCACAGGUGGCAGAAGGUCCUUAAUCCUGAACUUGUUAAAGGGCCGUGGACAAAGGAGGAAGAUGAUAUGAUUGUUCAGUUAAUCCAAAAAUAUGGGCCGAAGAAGUGGUCCACUAUUGCUCGGUAUUUACCUGGCCGUAUUGGAAAGCAAUGUAGAGAGAGGUGGCAUAAUCAUCUCAAUCCUGCCAUAAACAAGGAAGCUUGGACUCAAGAAGAAGAGCUGGUUCUGAUUCGUGCUCAUCAAGUCUACGGUAAUAGAUGGGCAGAGUUAACAAAGUUCUUGCCUGGAAGGUCUGACAAUGGAAUCAAAAACCACUGGCACAGUUCAGUUAAGAAGAAACUAGAUUCCUAUAUGUCCUCUGGCCUUUUGGAUCAGUACCAAGCCAUGCCUCUAGCUCCUUACGAGAGAAGCUCCACGUUACAAUCUAUAGAUGGUAAUGGCUGCGUAAGUGGACAGGCGGGGAAAGAAGUAGAAAACUGUCAGAUUUCAACCCUGGCUAGCUGCUCCAUAUCUGCAAUGGAUUAUCAGAAUGGAAUGAUAAACAUGGAGCAUCACUUUCACCCCUGUGGAAACUCUCACAAGAAUGAGUAUUAUUAUCCGGAACUGGAAGAUAUCUCGGUCUCCAUCUCAGAACUCUCUUAUGAAAUGGAGGACUGUUCACAGUUCCCUGAUCAUAAUGUCUCUAGCCAGGAUUGCCAUUUUGAUUUUCAGGAGCUGUCGGAUAUUUCACUUGAGAUGAGACAUAGUAUGUCAGAGUUACCAAUGCCAUACGCCAAGGAGAGCAAGGAAGCUUCUCUGGGAGGUCCAAACUCCACAUCAAAUACAGAUGUGGCUACUUACACCAACACAGCAAACGUUUCUGAAACAGAAUGUUGCAGGGUUCUUUUCGUUGAUCAAGAGAGUGAAGGGCUCAGUGUUUCUAGAUCUUCUACUCAAGAACCAAACGAGGUUUCUUCAACAAAAUCUCCUAUGCAGACCUCUUCUUCAAAGUCUAUUGCAACAGCUGCUUCAGGCAAAGAAACUCUCCGGCCGGCUCCUUUGAUCAUAUCACCUGAUAAGUAUUCCAAGAAGUCAUCUGGAUUGAUAUGUCAUCCUUUUGAGGCAGAACCAAACUCCAGGACAAAUGAAAAUGGUGGCUUCAUAUGCAUUGAUGGUCCAUCAUCAGCGCCUAAUAACUCCAGCGAAGAAGAUCAAUCAUAUCAUUUGAAUGAUUCCAAGAAGUUGGUUCCAGUGAACGACUUUACUUCUCUAACAGAAGUUAAGCCACACUCUCUUCCUAAGCAUGAGCCAAUGGAGCAGCAUCAUGAGGAUACGGAAGCAUCAUCAUCAAGUCUCUCUUUUCCAAGCUUGGACCUACCUGUCUUCAACAGCGAUCUCUUACAGUCCAAAAACGAUCCGUUGCACGACUAUAGCCCUCUUGGCAUACGCAAGCUGCUGAUGUCCACCAUGACGUGCAUGAGUCCCCUUCGGCUGUGGGAAUCUCCCACUGGUAAAAAGACGUUGGUCGGUGCGAAGUCAAUCCUGAGGAAACGCACACGUGAUCUCCUGACGCCGCUGUCUGAGAAGAGAAGUGAUAAAAAGCUUGAGAUUGAUAUAGCAGCCAGUCUUUCAAAAGAUUUUUCACGUCUGGAUGUGAUGUUUGAUGAGAUUGAGAGUCGAGAAGAUUCAAUGUCUCUUGAAAAACCAGAGCAAUCUUGCUUGGAUGCAAGUGUCAAGGAGAAGGGUGUUGAAAAUGUCGAAAGUUUAUCUGGUGUUCUUUCUGAGAACAAUAAUACCAACAAGCAAGUACUGUCUCCUCCUUCUCAAUCAGUAACCAAAACAGAGAAAGCACAGGUUUCAACACCAAGAAAUCAUUUACAUUCUUCUGCAAGUCUUUGUUUGGUAAUAAAUUCGCCUUCUCGCGCGAGAAACACCGAGGGUCAUCAUGUUGACAACGAGACACGCAAUGAGAAUUUCAGCAUUUUCUGUGGAACUCCAUUCAGGAGAGGUCUUGAAUCUCCCUCGGCGUGGAAAUCACCGUUUUACGUAAACUCUCUCUUGCACAGCCCAAGGUUUGACACAGAUAUAACUAUCGAGGACAUGGGCUACAUUUUCAGCCCUGGGGAGAGAAGCUACGGGAGCAUAGGACUUAUGACACAGAGAAAUGAGCUUACGAGUGCGUUUGCAGCAUUCGAUGCCAUGGAGGUCUCACUUUCAGCAAGUAACUAUGAUGAUGCAAGGAAGAUGAAGGAAUUGGAUAAAGAGAAUAAUGAUCCUCUUCUCGCGGAGCGUCGAGUGCUGGACUUCAACGAUUGCGAGUCUCCCACCAAAGUAACAGAAGAAGCCUCAUCCUCUUACCUCUUGAAAGGAUGUAGGUAAAAAGGCCAGGAACCUCGAUACAUAAUAUUCAUUGCACGUAUAUGCAUCUUCUAUAAACAGACUCUGUCCCCUGGUUGGAUCAAAUUCUCUGUUUCUUCUUCUUUUAAUGGAUCAGCUUGAAUGAAUUUAUGUAGAUACUGUGUAUUCAAUAUAAUAUAGUAUAUACAUCCCUCAUAA